AUGAAAUUUUCCACAUUAAUUGCAAUCAUCUUUGGCCUAUUAACAUCGAUGGCGCUCACUCUCAUUGAAGCUGAUCAUAAAGUGAGGAUACAUAACAAGGUUACGGCUGGUACACAAACAUCUGUUACAGCUGCCUUAACAAACGGAGAAGGGGGACAAUUCGCCAGCGCUGGUGCAACUGCUCACAAGGGUUAUUCUUUGACUAUUCCUGAUAAUGUAAAAGCAUAUUACCUCGAUUUCGGUGUAAAUCAAGGUAUUACUGAAGCAUUUACACGGCUUGGCCCAAUCACUAAUGAUGGGGAUAAAUGUUAUCACUUUCAUG